GCGAGUACUGGCAGCGCAACGCUAUUGAAAGUUCUCCUAGGCUCAGGGAAAGUCGAUGUCAACUGUUUAGACCACCAUGGGUGGACGUCGCUUUUACGGGCGUCAAGGACAGGGGAUUCAGAAGUUGUUAGGGUGCUGCCGGAAUCUGGCAAGGUCAACGUCAACAUGAAAGACGAGAGCUGGGGCACAGCGCUGUGA